UUAGAUAUUGAUAUUUUUGGGUAAACUGCUUUCACUGAAGAAUAUAUAAAAUCGAACAAAUCUGAGAUUCACCAACGAGUUCGUCUUUGCCUUCGAAACAGUAAAGUGAAGUGAAUUCAUCAUCAUGAUUAAACUAAUCUUCGAAAUCGUCUUAUUGGUGAAUGUCAUCGAUUGUUACCAAAAGAGAGAUGCUCCAGUACUUACAACUCAACCCAGUUGGGUACCGACUUGCAAGAGAAAUGGUCCAGAUACAAAUAAAUGUUUCCUGAAAUUAUUUACAUCUCUGAUUCAGCAGACAAUCAAAGGAAACCCAGAACUUAAUAUCGAUCCAAUCGAACCGUUGUUCAUUGAGAAUCUACCAAUAAACAAGAAAAAUGGAGCAGUUAGACUAACUGGUUUUCUUAGAAACUACACCAUGGAAGGAAUGGGAGCCACAAAAAUUUUAGAUGCACAAAUGAAUUUCGACAAAAGGAUUUUCUCCGUUAAUAUGUAUAUGCCUCAAAUGAAAGCAUACGGAGUUUACGAUUUCAAAGGUCAAGUUUUGAUAUUGCCAAUCGCCGGUAAUGGAAACUCUUUCUUGGAUAUUAAAGGAAGCACCAACAAAUUACAAAUGAAAUUUGAUCUUGUGAAUGUGCAUGGAGUUGAGGUGAUGAGAGUAAACAAGAUUCAAAGAUUCGAUUUAGACAGGGACGACGUGAAGAUCAGACUGGACAAUUUGUUCAACGGAAAUAAACUUCUCGGUGACAAUGCCAACAAGUUUAUCAAUGACAACGGCAAAAAUCUGGCCAAACAGGUGGAAGGAGUCAUCACAGAAAAUUUGGAACCCAUCAUUUUGGAUAUCAUUAACAACAUCGUCGAAAAGAUACCAAUCAGCAUGUCAUUCCCAAAUUAAAUUUAAUUCGUUGUUAUUGUUAGAAAUCAUAAU